AUUUGUGGCCUGAUUACCUUUAGCACUGAAAAUGCCUUAUUGGAGGGGAACAUUGGACUCAAGUGUAGACCAAUGAGGACAAAUGAGAAAGAUUCUACUCUCAAUCUGAAAAGUCACCUUUCUCAUCUGCAUGUAAAAUUGGGAGGCUUUUUUCCAGUCAUAUGUUGGAAAAGAACCAAUCUGUUAUAAAUCAGGAUGUUCCAAUGGCCACUGAAGAUCCAGCUGAAUUCUUAAGGAUAGAUGCUGCUACAAUGUUAUUGAGUUCUACUGGGACUUGUAUAACUCAUUAUAAAAAAUAAUUGGAGAUUUUUCCUUUGGUCACUCCUGUGAAAGAAGGCUAUUCCUGUUUGAUUUAUUUAUUUAUUAAACAAAUAUCAUCUUCUUGUGCCAGCAGGCUGUGAAAAGCUCAAGAUAUAAAGGUAAAUUAUCUGUGGCCUUGCCCUUCAGGAAUUUAUAAUCAAGAAAAGAGACUGAGUGAGCAAAGGGAUGUGUUUAAAGUCUCAGGUGAAGUUAAGCCCUGAGGAUCUGACAAGCUCUGAGCCACAUCAGUGAGUUUGCCCAUGAGACCCUGCCAUCUGUCCCCCUGUGAAACAUUUGCAGUAACUCCUUUCCAUGAACUGCUUUUGGUUUGAAUGACCUUGGAGACAGCCUGAAAUCCUGAGCUUGGAAGGGAGCUUUUAGCAUUACUGGUCUGCACUUACAUGUUUCAAAUAGAAUUUCCACAAACCCCUAUUUAUCUCCUCUAACCAUGCUCCCUAAAUGACAGACGACCAGCUCUUCAGUCACUCCAAGAACGGAUUUUUAUUCAGCCCAUGCCCGGGAUGCAUUAGGAUGCCCAAAACAUGUGUGGCUGCUCCGAGUGGCACAGAGCAAUUAACAGGAGCCAAGCAAUUUGCAAAAUGCCUCAACUUCCUGCUCAUCUCAAAGGCAGAAAAUUGUCAAACCUUAACCUCAGGAGGCUCAUCCGCAGAAUUACGCCUCCCCCACCUCAACGAACAAACUCUGGUGUCAGAUUCCCCCCCACCACCCUCCUGCUUUUUGCAAACAUAAGCACUCGGCUACAACAACAGCUAUGACUCAGUUCCUAGCUAACGCUGCCUGAAUUGAUUUAGUCUGAGUUCAGAUUUAGCACAUAAUCAUGUUCAAUUUGCUCCACUGCACUGCCUAGAGAUAAAAGGCUUGGAGAAAAAAAAAAUAGCUUCAGCUUGUGUCAGUCUUUGUGGUGAUGUCAUUGCCAUGAGCGAGCCGGGCCGUUCGUUACUCUGCUGUGCUGCCUCAGACGCGGAGGUCUGCGUGCAGUGGGAGCGGGCUCCAGGAGCCCGAGCCUCCAGCCGUCCCCAGAGCAAGGCAGCACCGGGGCCUGGCCACAGCAAUAUCCAUCUGGAGGCUCUUCCCUUCACUCUCAACUCUGAGGUUGCCUAACUCUUUAUUAAAAAUUCAGAAGGGGGAAUGCCAGCCCCUAGCAUGGACUGUGAUGUUUCCACUCUGGUUGCCUGUGUGGUGGAUGUCGAGGUCUUUACCAAUCAGGAGGUUAAGGAAAAAUUUGAGGGACUGUUCCGGACUUAUGAUGACUGUGUGACGUUCCAGCUAUUUAAGAGUUUCAGACGUGUCCGCAUAAACUUCAGCAAUCCUAAAUCUGCAGCCCGAGCUAGGAUAGAGCUUCAUGAAACCCAAUUCAGAGGGAAAAAAUUAAAACUCUACUUUGCACAGGUUCAGACUCCAGAGACAGAUGGAGACAAACUGCACUUGGCUCCACCCCAGCCUGCCAAACAAUUUCUCAUAUCGCCCCCGUCUUCCCCCCCUGUCGGCUGGCAGCCCAUCAACGAUGCCACACCAGUCCUCAACUACGACCUCCUCUAUGCUGUGGCCAAACUAGGACCAGGAGAGAAGUAUGAGCUCCAUGCAGGGACUGAGUCCACCCCAAGUGUUGUCGUGCACGUGUGCGACAGUGACAUAGAGGAAGAAGAGGACCCAAAGACUUCCCCAAAGCCAAAAAUCAUCCAGACUCGGCGUCCUGGCCUGCCACCCUCCGUGUCCAACUGAGCUGCCUGCUCUGCCUCGACGAUAAUAGCCGUCUCCUCUUUAUCAUGCUUUUUCCCCUGUUUGUCAAAAAAAAAAAAUUGCCUUUAAAUUCCUGGGUGUUUGGUUGUUUGAGAUUUCUUCCUUGUUAUCAAGCCUCUCGGACAAAAGGGCUAGGAAAAGGUGAUAUGUCUCCUGAUCAUAUCAUACCCAUUAAGUAUAACCCAUUAUUUAGAAGGUUCUAGGGAAAAAAGUAGUAUUUUUCUUAUUAACCAAUCAGCACAGCCUGUAUCUUUGUUCUCUCAUGUUGAUCCAAACCAGAGACAUCAGUAACAAAUAGCACCUGUGUUGUUUGUGAGCUGUUUCAGUCCCAGUCCUGAAAUGUGUGCGUUGUUGUUUCCUGGCCACUUAAAUAGGACCAUAUGUAAACUUGACUUUGACUGCAUGAGAUAUCCCUAUCUGGUCUCACUCAGUCCUCUGCAUCCCAACAUUCCCAGGACAUGCAUGAUCACCAGCAUUUAUUUUCAUGAUUUGAAGAUAUCCUAUAACUCACAGAUUGUCAGCAGCCAGCCAUGUCCUAUCUAGAUUAGGAAAAUUAUCAGCAUAUUCCAGCUCAACCAGUCUGGGUAUAUUCACUAUUGUGAGUCAAUACACCAUAGCUCUGUUGAAACUCCCGGAGGCAAAAUUGAGCUUGGCCCCAAAGAUAUUCCUCAAUAGAUUUUGAACUCCGCUCCCCUGUAGAACUUUCCCAGCCUCACUGGGGAGGCUUGUCCAGGGUGAUAGAGACCGAUUUCAGACGAACCUAUUUAUUACAAAAGUUUCAUGGUGUCUGAAUGAUUGUUUUCUCUCUUUGUAUAUUUGUACAAAUGUUUCAGCUGUGCUUUUAAAAUCUGGAUUUUUUUAAUUUAGUGAUUGUUCAACCUUUAGCUGCUUCAAAACAUAAUGUGCAUUGCUUAUGAAUGCCUUCAUAUACUAAUACAGAUACUCUGAUAAUAUUACACUCUAGUAUGGAUAACGCUGAGUUUUGAAAGGACACAAAAUAUCUAAUGCCAAUAUAUACAGGAUUAGCCAACAUCUUUGCUAUCAAGACCACUUGUUUUUAAAUAAAGAUGCAAGUGUCAAUUGUAGGUGAUUGGGAUGAAGCUAAAACUCCAGAAUGCAGCAGCAGCAUCUGAGCAUGUUAAAAUGGGGAAGUAUAAUAGAUACAUGUAUGCCAGUCCUACUCACGCAAUGCUCAGACAAGUUACUUGUUUUUGUUACGUGUAAUUUUUCUAUUUCUCUAGCCCAAAGUGCAUUACAGAAGAUACACCUAUAGAACCAUUACUUUCUGCUAUAUGUGCCAGGCCUCAUCUACUCCUGUACAUUAAUGAAUUACUUUAGAUGCAAAUGCAGAUUACAGUGGAGUGGGGAAUUACUUUCAUUACCCAAGCCUCAGAAAAACACAGAAGAACAAUAACACAGCCAACAGAUUGAGGGAUUGUUGUGGUUUUUGACUAAGGUGUAUGUUAGUUUCAUCAGAGACUUAAAACAUAGACUGAUCACUCAGAAAUUAAAGUCCGUUUUACUGUGAAUAUAGCAAUAUAGUACUGGACACAGUACAGGUGAAACUGAGGAGAGCAUUGCUUGUAAAAUCCUGAGUUUCCAUAGGGAAAAUGAAAACUCCUUUUAAAAAUAAAAUCUGAGGAGUGUACAAUAAGCAUAUGCUUUGACUUUCCUUUGCUGUGGAGGAUUUUGGUUUUUCAUUGAUGAUGAAAGACUACAGACUUAAUAGUGGAGAAAUGGUGUCCUCUAGUGGAAGAAAUAGUAGGCUCAGCUCUUCAGAUGCAGAGCACUGUAGCAGCCAGCCUUUCCCAGCUGACUCUUCUUAGCCAUCUGUGGGGUCAUUUGACAUUUUAAGCUACCCUGAAUUUCCAGAAUGCAGGUUAUAAAAAAAAUCUAGGUGAGAGAAAAUGUUUGAAAAUGAUUUUUAAAAAGACAUGUCUGACAUUUUUAACAACUUAGUAAAAGUUGAAAUGACCAUUUUGUGUAGUCAUAAAAGAAACGCAGUGAAGUGUAUGACCUCUGUAGUUAGUAAAACUUAUUGCCCUGUGUCAAUGUUAACCUGUUUCAGAUCAAGUAAUUCUUUCACUAUGUUGGGUUUGGGGCGGGGCAAAAAGAGGGGCUUUCCUUAGGAGAACGAUAAGAAAUGGAAAGGCUCCUUGAAGUGUUACAAUGGAACCUCCUAGCACUGUGAAAGUCAGAAUCGCCUCAGCAUUUCCAUGACGCACAUUAUGCAAACCUCUUUAGCACUAUUUUCAGCUUGAAAAGUUUAACAAUGAAGGGGGAGGGGAAAAUUUCCACCAACUGAAUCAUUUGUGCACGUGUAUAGCUCAACGAGCUUAAACUUCAAAUAUAUCUGGUGAAUGACUCUUU